UCCGGGUGUUUCCGUCAGCUGCUGUUGAGAGCGAGCUAACGCUUUUCCUGAAGUUUUUAAGCCUUAAUUUUUGUUUGUUUUUUUGCCAAAAUGAACCGAAUAUUUGGCAGGGGAAAACCCAAAGGUCCCCCGCCGAACCUAUCGGACUGCAUAGGAAGCGUUGAUUCUCGUGCAGAGUCAGUUGACAAGAAGAUUGCCAGACUAGAUGUUGAACUUGCGAAAUACAAGGACCAGAUGAAAAAGAUGAGAGAUGGGCCCUCAAAGAACAUGGUCAAGCAAAAGGCUAUGAGAGUUCUGAAGCAGAAGCGAAUGUAUGAGGGCCAGAGAGACAACCUCAUGCAGCAGUCGUUCAACAUGGAACAAGCAAACUACACAAUCCAGACCCUUAAAGACACUAAAACCACGGUUGAUGCCAUGAAGACCGGUCUCAAAGACAUGAAGAAAGCCUACAAGCAUGUGAAAAUUGAUCAGAUUGAGGAUCUUCAAGAUGAUCUCUCCGACAUGAUGGAGGAUGCCAAUGACAUUCAGGAGGCUCUGGGAAGAAGCUAUGGCACACCUGACAUCGAUGAAGCUGACUUGGAAGCAGAGCUGGAUGCUUUGGGAGACGAGUUCCUUAUGGAUGACGACAGCUCCUACCUGGAUGAGGCUUCAGCUCCUUCCAUCCCAGAGGGCGUGCCCGGCGAAAAGUCCAUUAACAGGGAUGGAGUCCUGGUGGACGAGUUUGGCCUUCCUCAGAUUCCUGCUACAUAAAGGAAGCAUCAGACUGCUUGUGCUAGUUUUACAUGUAUCAUAGCCUUUUUGUAUUUAUCCAACUGACACUCCAGGCCAAAGCAUCUUCUCUCCAAUGAAUGACAACUUAAAAUCAGGUAUAUCUUUAAUUAGAAGUUGGGAUUAUUAUUCAGAGUGAGCUCAUAUCAUAUGUAUCUGAGGUGAUUGUUUGAAUUGGGAUUCUCUUAACUUUGUACAGUUUCUGCCAAGAACAAAAUAAAUUAUAUUUUUCAAACAAUA